GGAAGAGCAGCCUAGGUUUUUUCUCUCGCUAUUGCACUAAAAAUUUGGGACUAUAUUCAUCAACUCUCGGCACCAAUUUAUCUUAUGUUGUCGUGAUUUCUUCUCAACUUCUUCAUAACCAAACUUGGGAGGACCUCCGCCCCUGAUUGCAAUCUCUAGCUAAUCGUAGCUCUUGAACUUUUUCUACAUUCAGCAAGAAGAAAUCGUCCAAACAAUGGGAAAGACAAAGAAAUUCUUUGACAAGAAAAAAUCUGCCACGUUCCAGCUCAUGGCACGGGACACUUCUGACCCGAACUACUCAUCUGGACCCUCUGGCGAUCGGGUCUUCGUCCGGGUCGACAGCAACCCCUACACACCCAAUACAUCCCUCAACGAGGAAGAGCAAACAGACGACCAGAGUUCCAUUUUUGCGGACGCGCCCGAAGAUAAUGAUGGUGAGGCUGGAAAUUCUUUCAAUGGAGGAUUAUGUAACUACAGAGAUGAAAGGACGACGGCGUUACCGGACCACGUGAGAAGGGAAAUUCUGGAGCUAGGAUUUCCAGACGAUGGGUACAAUUAUUUGCUACACAUGAGGGAGAUUAAAAAUACUGGCGGAGGUUCUUCCUAUUAUCAUAAUCCAAAAGCUAAUCUCAAUCAGUUGCCACGAGAUGUUAAGGCUUAUGACGCUUCAAGAGUGGAGGUUUCUAGGGUGAAUGAAGAUUCGAAUGAGAAUUCACUAUAUAAUGUUGCAUCAAGGACAGUUGGGGCUAGAUUACAGAAAGUGGUGGAUCCUGAAGUGGCUGCAAUGCUGGAUGAGAGUGAUUCAUCGAAUUUUGGGUCCGAUGUGGAGGACUUGGAAGAGGAUUUCAUCAUGAGAGCAAAUUUCGCGGAAGGUCCACUUGAUAUACAACUCGAUAAGCGCUUGAGUUUGGAAGGAGAGUCCAAGGUUGGCCACAAGGGUAGUGAUGAUUUGGAUGCACCUGGUGGACCAGCGAAUGAGGCUAACCUUUCUGGCUUGGAUGGUGAGAAACCUAGAGCUCGUCGUCUUUUAGAUGAGCAAUUUGACUUGCUAGAGCUUCAGGAAUAUGGCAAUGACAGUGAAGAAGAAUACAGUGGUUACAUUGAUGAAGAAAAUGAAUGCCAAGAAUCCCUUGCGGAAAAGAUCGGACAUGCAUUUAAGGACCGUCCUAUAGAAGGCUUGGCUAUCAAGGAAGCAGAAGAUAUUGAAUCACCAGAAGCUGCUGCUGAUGUGAUCCGUAGGUGCAAGGAAUAUGGUGAAAAGUAUGAAAAUGAGAACCUGGAUCAAGAGGCUGUGAUUGUUGAGGACAGUAGCGACGAAUCAGAAAUAUGGGAUUGUGAAACUAUUGUCUCUACAUAUUCAAAUCUUGACAACCACCCUGCUAAGAUUGAAGCUCCAGGAGGAAGGAGGAAGAAGAAAAUGGUCGAAACCACAUCUGGAGAUCAGAGUGCAGUCAGGCAAUUGAUAGUUUUAAAGGGUAGAGAAAAGCUUCCUGUGGGCUUUUUACCCCAGAGAGAGAAGCAUGAUGCAGAAAAAGUGAUAGAUAAGAAAGAUCCGAAUGCUUCAAGAACUGAACAACAGAAGAGGAAGCCGCGAGGUCUAGAGACAAAGGAGGAAAAGAAAGAAAGAAAGAGUGCACUGAAAGCAGAACGACGUGAGGCACGGCAAAUGAAAAAAGACAUGAAGGGGCUCUACAAGUCUGAGGGCCAGCGUGCUCAAAAAGUUGCAGCUUUUACUGGUCCAUCGUCUAUUCAUCUUAUGUAAUGUGCGUGCAGCUGUUGUCAAGACAACAUGAUGUUUUGCCUCUACUGUCAGAAUGGUUACAACAAACGUCCUGUUGAAGCAAUAAGUAUUUAUGGAUUUUCUGUUCGAGAUUAGCGUGUAUACAAGAAGUAGCUCUUCUGAGGAGCUUAUCCUUCCAGCAAUACACCGGUCGACAGUUGUCUAGAAAUAUGUGGAUGGUCGAUCUGGACUUGAUCUUGAUCUCCUUUUUGGUUUAGCAAAAACACAGUUUAUCAUUGGCGUUUUACAUUUUUCUGUGGACUUGCUCCAAAUUUGAAUGUAGUUGCUGUUUGUGUUCUGUAGGUUGAGUUUCUUUACCGUGUCAUCAGUUUGAACAUCAUAAAUUUCCUAAUUAAUCUGUCUUUUGGCUGUUUAAUGAUCCGUUGAGAAUGUUAUUGAAGCCACCUAUUUACUAUU